AGAAAUCUUUUAUCAAUGACGUUGUUGGAAGCACUAAAUCGCUUAAAUGAAACAGACGGGAGUUUGGUAAUAGAAGAGAAGGAAAUUAGAGACGCAAGUAUCACAGAAAAUGGAAUUGACAAACAGGUGAACGGAAUUAAACCAGAGCUUGCUAACAAAAAUACUAAAAAGAAAAAUCAGAGUUAUUUGCAAAACGAAUCUAAUUUACUUGCUGAUAUUCUAGAUCCUACUUUAACUCCUACUGGAAAGGAGAUUGAAAAAAAAAUUGAAAACUUCGCAGCGAAAAGCGAAUCACAAUAUUUAAAAUCUAAAUUAAAAAACCAUUCAAUUGAACCUAAAAAAUAUGAUGAAUACCUAAAAAUUUAUUUAAAACAAUCUCGUAAUGAUAAUCAAAGCACUAAAGACCAGGAUAUUGUUUUAAAUAAUAUAGAUAAUAACGAAGAUAAUAUAUUCACAUUAUCUUCAUGGCAAAAAGAAAUGGAGGAAGGACAAAAUGUAUCACUGCAAUCCGAAUAUAUAGAAAUGAAGUCAAGAGAAUUCGCCAAGAUGAAUACACGUAUACCUAUAUUUUCGAAUGAUUUUAUCAAAAAAGUAGUAUCAUAUUGCAUAUCGCUAAACCCGGAUGGAACUCCUAAUAUGAAUUUUUGGUCUGCUUCUUUAUUUCAAUAUCUUAUUGAGAAAAAUCUCUUAUCCGACAGUUAUGUGAAAGAUGGAAUCGUCAAAGCUUUUAUCGAAAGAAAUUCAUGGGGUAUAAUGAAACUUGCUAUAAUUCAUGUUACCGAUAUACCUGAAAAAGAUCUUGUAUACCUAUUGAAAUACUUGAUAUCACUAUCAUCCUCAAAACAAUUGGUAUCAAAGAGCUCAUCAUCUUCAAAAAAAGAAAAGAAAAAAUCUAAAAAACCUUCAAUUGAAGAGUUUUUCGCAUUAAUUAUUUGUGCUCCAAGGAAUGAUAGUAAGAUGAUGGAAGCUUUAAAAACUUUGAAUGAAGACGAAUUAUUUUAUAUAAUUCAAAUUUUGUGUAAAUGGAUUGAAAAACAUGAUAAAACUGAAAUAAUAUUUGAUACAACAUUAAUUGAGGCGUAUGGAAAAUAUGAAUUUUCUAGUAAGAAGGUUGCUGUAUUGAAAAAGAUAAAGGACGUACCAGAUUUUCAUUUCGCUAUAGAUUUUAUGACCUUAAUUUUUGAUAUACAUUUUCCUAAUUUUAUUAUUUCCAAAAAAUUCCAUCCGCUUCUUACUCAUAUAUCAAAUUUAAUAACACAAGAAUUAACAAUAUAUGAGUCAUUGGAAUCUAUGAGAGGAUGUUUAGAAUUAUUUCACCGAAAUCAUCAAGAGAUUGAAAGAAAAAGAAAGUCUGAAAAAAUGCUUUCGACGGAACAAUCAAGAGAUAAUGGGAAGAAGAACAAUUAUUGGUUAAAUGAUGGUGAUAUACCUAUUUAUUCAGUAGAAUUAUUUAGCUUUUUUGGGGAAGAAAAUGAAAAUCCUAUAUUAGAUGAAGCAAAUAUUGAUAUGGAUGAAUAUGAUAAUGAUGUGCAUGCCGAAUUAGAUAAUGAUGAUGACACAAAUAAAGAGCGAGAAAAAAUGGCGGAUGUCAAUUAAUUUUUUUAUGUAUUUUAUUUUAAUCUAGUACGCUGAAACCUCAAAUGUCAAAAAUUCAUAAAAUUAUAUAAAAAAAAUCAACGUUUUUGCAAAACAUUUAAUUAAAAUAUGUAGAUUAUACAGAUUACUU